GCACACAUUCAUGGUAACCGUCGCAACCCACUACAUUAGAAGUUUUUGUAUUACACUGUUUCGACAUUGUAAAGUCCGACGAAGAGAGACAAAAAAAAAACAUUAUUGGGAUUAAGAGGAUCAAGAGAAUGAUGGCAAAGAUAAACUCAGUCUUGGAGAAGAAACUUGAAGAACUCGAGUCUCUACUUGAAGUAGUCACUUCUAACUAUGAUGAUCCCAAUAUUCGAAAACUACAACUCGGAAUUUUAUUCGCCACGACCCUUUUAACGGCUGAGACAUCGUCAAGACGAAAGGAUGUGGAAGGAGAAGAAGACGUUGAAGAAUUGUUUAAACUACGUUGCAUGGCAAAUAGGUUAUCCGAAAUGGAAGCUUUUAUCACCAACCUAUUGCCCGGUCAUGGUAACGGUUCAUUCAUCAAACCGGUGGAAAGUUUGGAAACUAAUGAUGGUAACGGUGAAACCGGUGUGGAUUACUCGUUGGUUGAAUCUUGUCUAAACGAGUCUAAAGCAGAAGAAGAGGAAGAAGAGGAGGAAGACCUAGAGGCUGAGCAGCGACCAUUGUUCCAAGAUGCCACAUCGGAAGAGGUUACGUUUCCGGCGGUGGCUACGGUUAAAGAAGAGGUGGUGGUUAGAGAAGUGGAAGAGAAGGGGUGUGUUGGUUUUAGGGCUUUGGUUUGUAUCGGUUUAAUUGGUUUAUUUGGGUGUGUGAUGAGUUUAGUUGGUUAUAUUGGUGAUUGCAUGGAGGAGGAUCAAUUUUUACUUACCCCAACUUAAAUGACUGACUAUUUGUUUCGUUUUCACUCUACUUAACGUUUACUCUUUUUAUUUA